AUGUCCACCCCCCGCAAUAACCUUCAGGAGAUCAUGGCUCGGACCCAGGGGAAAAGAGCUUCGCCGACAAGCUCAAAUGCAGUAGCGGGAAGUUCGAAAAGUGAUGGCGUUAGGACCCCUGGUAUAUUUAAACUUGCUCGACCACCUACAUCUUCUUCAUCUCGAUCUACACCCACGACGGAACAGCAGAUACUCAAUAUGCCGGGGGUGAAACAGAGUCAAACUAUCUCGCUUGCGUCCCGUCCGAUGUUGAACGGCACUCCCUCUUCCUCUACAUCCAAUGUCGAUCCCUCUCGAUCAAACAUGGCGAAACUACAGUCAAGUCACCUCAUGACUCCCUCUUCGACGGUCGGAUCACCGAUGGUGAUGGUAGGCAAAGGCAAAGGGAAGGAUAAUACUCCUCGAGGGAUUGCCGUUGGAAGUGGAGCUAGAGCAUCUAAAUUUGCUUCUUGGUCAAACGAAAAGGUAGCCGCCGAGAUCGUCAAAUUACUGGAGGAUAAGGAUGUACUAAAAGAUAAGAAGAUGGCUAUUCUCAUGGGUCAAGGUGAUGCAGAUGGAGACGAAUUCAUUGAUGAAAGCAUCGAAUUCCUCACCACGAAGAUUAAUGCACUCAAAGCUGAGAUGACCGCUCGUACCUCAUCUCCAUCUGCCGCUCCUGCUCAACAGACCCUACCUCCUCGAUCUUCAGGCUCAACAUGUGUAUCCGUCCCACAAAGAGAUUAUCCCACCCCCGAUACGAUAGGUUCAGAUAGGUCGAGAGCGGUUUUAGGAGACUUCAAGGAGAAUCGGUCAAAAGGGUUAUCAAGUGAUGACGGGGAUCCAAUUCCUCUAUUUCAUAAAAUUUCCAGUGAUUCCAUGCACCGUACUGAACAACCUCAAGCUGGACCUUCUCGACCCCGAAAAGCACCUGCUCCGCCACCUCAGUAUGAUGAUUUUGAUAUAGCUAUGGCAGAAGAGGGAUUCGCCGAAGAAGAUGAUCCAGAAGAAAUGUUAAUACCACCUUCGUCACCUCCUCCUCGAGCCAUCACCCCGCCUCCUCGCUCUCAGCCGAAGCAACCACCUCAGCCACCACCGUCGAAAUCUGCUGCAAUAGCUGAAAUGGAGGAUUUAGCUGUAGAAGAGAUAUUUUCGUCCCCCAUACAGGUGACAUCACAAUUGCCCCCGAGGGUCGUAGCUUCCCAAGCUCGAUCGGUACUUGGUGGGCCUCGUCCACCUUCUUCUCCCCCCAGACCACCCAAUGUCCAAGCACCGCAACAAAGGACUAUACAAGUUGAAAAGACAUAUCCAUGGACUAAGGAAGUGGAACAUAAGUUAAGACAGAUGUUCAAAUUGCCGAACUUCAGGAAACAUCAAAAGGAAGCUAUAAAUGAGACUAUGGCAGGUAAAGAUGUAUUCGUAUUGAUGCCAACUGGAGGUGGGAAGAGUUUGACAUACCAACUACCCGCCGUUUGUCAACAGGGGAAGACUCGAGGAGUAACAUUCGUCGUCUCACCACUUAUCUCCCUGAUUAACGACCAGAGUCGACAUUUAUGCAAUCUCAACAUACCAGCUAUAGCUUAUACGGGUGAUAUGACUCAAAAGGAUAAGAAUUUGGCUCAUGAAGAAUUGUCAAGACCUGAACCUUACACUCGAGUGGUGUAUGUCACACCGGAGAUGUUAACUAUGGGAGGACAUAUCAAGUCGAUACUGAGAAGUCUACUACAGAAGAGGAGAUUGGCUAGAUUCGUGAUCGAUGAAGCGCAUUGUGUCAGUCAAUGGGGACAUGACUUUCGAGCUGACUAUCUUCGUCUGGGUGAUUUACGAAAAGAUUACCCUGGUGUACCAAUCAUGGCAUUGACAGCUACAGCUCAGAAUAAAGUUGAAGAAGACAUUAUCCGCUCUUUAGGUAUACAGGGAUGUUCUGUACUCCGACAAUCAUUCAAUCGACCGAAUCUGCAUUACGAAGUUCGACCAAAGACCAAGAAAGUGAUAGACGAGAUAGUAGCGUUUAUUCGGACUCAAGGUCAACGUGCUUCCGGGAUCAUCUACUGUAACUCUCGAGACGGAUGCGAAAACCUGGCAAAGCAGUUACGGGAUAGAUAUGAAAUCGAAGCUCAUCAUUAUCAUGCUGGUAUGAGUAAAGGAGACAGAAGGAAAAUCCAAGAAGGAUGGCAAGAACAUAAAUUCGAAGUGAUAGUCGCUACGAUAGCUUUCGGAAUGGGUAUAGAUAAACCCGAUGUUCGCUACGUCAUACAUCACUCUCUACCUAGAUCAUUGGAAGGUUAUUAUCAGGAGACAGGACGAGCUGGAAGAGAUGGAAAUCCUUCGACUUGUAUACUAUACUAUACUUGGGGAGAUGGUAAAAAGGUACUUAAUCAGAUCGAUCAAGAUCAGAAUCUCACUCGACCUCAGAAAGAAAGACAGAAAGCCUCGAUGAACGAAGUCCUUCGAUACUGUAACAAUAAAGCGGAUUGUCGACGAUCUCAAGUACUGUCAUUCUUUAACGAAAAUUUCGAUCCUCGAAACUGUAACCAAGGAUGCGACGUUUGCUUGGGAAGAGAUCGGAGCGUGUAUACGACACUGGAUGUGACGGAUGAUGCAUUAAACGUCAUUAAGAUGGUUCAGUCCUUCGAGAGGGAAGAUCGAAUAACCAUUGUGAAUGCCGCUGAAUGCUUUAGAGGAUUUAAAGGUAGUUCAGGAAAAGGUCUGGAUCAGAAUCCUCUGUUCGGCAUAGGGAAAGAUUGGACUAGACAGGAAGGUGAGAGGUUGAUACAGACUCUGGUCAUCGAAGGUACUUUAGAGGAGUUCUGCGUGGCGAGUGCAGCAGGUUGGACGAAUGCCUAUCUUCGUCUGGGAAAAGAAGCUCGAAAGUAUCUGAAUGGGUCCAAAAAGCUCAACAUGGAUUUCCGACAAGCGUCACCACGCAAACAGCCAGCUAACAAGAAGACUGCAUCUAAAGGGUCUGGAUCAAAGAAUCAAGCUCAGAUCGCCUCAUUCGCACGUAAAUUAUCCAACCCGAUUUCUAGGAAAAGAUCAUAUCAACAGAUCUUGGCUGAGACCGAAGAAUUUGAUAAUUCACCUUGGGGAGAUACCGAUGACGAAGAUUAUCGACCUGAUGAUGAUCCAAUCGAAAUUGAUGAUGACGCUGAUGGAGAUGCAACAGAGGUAGAAGCGGAUGAUGAUUUACCUCUAGCGGUGAAAAGGCGCAAGACGGCAAGAAAGGAGAUUGGCAGUACGAUUGUGCCUAAAGGUGCUACGAGUAGAGUACAGGUCAUCGAUGUUGAUAGAAGUAGCACGGGCUCUCCGGUUGAGAAUUGUUUGAAAGCAUUGGAAAAGAUGAGGGGAUCCGUAUUGGCGAGGAACAAGAAUGCACCGCAACUGGAUGAUGAAAUGCUACAGUAUAUAGCAGCUACUAUGCCCACGAACGAAGUUUCGCUUAAAGAGUGCGAGGGGAUGACUUCGGCUCACAUGAAGACCUGGGCCACUCGUAUCAUGGGUAUAUGUGUCAAACAUCGACCCGCAUAUCACGCUGCUGAUCCUCAAGUCGCACCUUUGGCUACGGUUUCAGCAAGCUCAGCAUCAAGGAAUAAUGUGAUCUCGAGGAUCCAGCGUUACGCCUUCGACCCGAAAUCUAAUUCCAACAAUAACGCUUCUUCUUCUUCGGCUAAAACAUCUUCCUCCUCCACUCCAUUAAAGCGAGCAACGACAUUAGCUUCAUCACUUGCGACUUCCAAAACAUCUCUCACGCCCAAUGGACAAUUGACUCUGACGAGUAGAGCUAACGGUAUGAGACCGGUAUUAGUACCCCAGAAUUCGAAUGGUAAUGGGAGGAAAGAUAAGUUCUGA